AUGGAUGUGGCGUGGAAAUGGAAUUCCGAAUGGCCCUACCGCAACGGCUUCAAGGCCUUGCACAUCGCGGCUGCCGUGGGUAAUGCUGACGCUCUACUGGUGUUGCUCCAACUAGGAGCACACCCCAACUCCACCGACAGCACAGGCGUCACUCCAAUGAUGGUGACGGCGUGUCAACCGGGUUAUGGGACAUCUCGACACGGUUGGCAAUACUGCAUUCAUUGCUGGAGGCUGGCGCGGAACCGGCACUCGAAAAUGAGGGUGGUGGUCUUGCCAUUCACUUUGCUGCAGCGCAGUGCGACACCCAGGUCGUUGAACUGCUUCUUUCCAAGGCGCCAUUGA